ACCAAAUCUAUCUCAAGAAAAUAAAAUUCAGUGUAUAGAGAAGGUAGCAAAAAUGAGUUCCUCUAAAUUGUCGGUAACGUUAGCUCUCAUGAUUGUGAUCAUGUCCAUUUCUUAUGAAGCAUACGCAUUAGCUCACAAAGAUGGAUACAAGAUUUAUGGCUAUCCUUCCUCCCCCAACACUAGGCGCGCCCUGGCUGUUCUCCACGAGAAAGGUCUCUCGUUCGAUCGCAUCACCGUCAACUUGACUACCGGUGACCCGCAGAAGCCAAGUUUUCUCCCUAUUAAUCCAUUUGGUCAAGUCCCAGUUUUCCUAGACGGACAUCUUAAGUUGAUUGAAUCCCGAGCCAUAUCGCUAUACAUCGAGACUGUUCAUAGAUCAAGAGGCACAAAACUCCUGAAUCACAAAAAUUACAAGAAAAUGGGAACAGAAACAAUGUGGAUGUAUGUCGAAUCUUUUGAGUUUGAUCCACCCGCAUCGAUACUCGUUUGAGAGCAAACCAUCAAGCCUCUGAAGGGUCUAAAGGCGGACUAUAAAGUUGUAAAUGAAACCGAGACGAACCUAGGGAAGGUUCUAGAUGUCUACGAAGAACGACUGAAAAACUCGAGAUUCUUGGCUAGUAACAGAUUCACAUUAGCUGAUCUUUUUCAUCUUCCUAAUAUAGAAUAUCUUAUGAACACAACUACAAAGAGACUGUUCGAAACCAGGCCUAACGUACACAGGUGGGUGGCUAAGAUUACGGCUAGACCGGCUUGGAAGAAAGCUUGUGACGCCAAAGCUUGGUACGAUAAGAAGAAGAAUUAGUAAAAAUUAAGAACUUUAUGUGCAAAGUGUGUGUGUCUCGUUUGAGUGUUUAUUUUAAUAUUUAUAACCUGGUGCUAUGAGCUUAUAAGAAGCUUGUUGUGCUUGUUACCUGUAAGUUUGAUGUUAUAUGAAUAAAAGGCAAAACUUAUUUCAGUAAAUAAGGUUAACCCGAAUUUCUAGUAAUUAAUACCACAUUGACCACAUGGUCGUCAAAUCAAAACUUGUGUGAGAAUAUAUGUGUUGUGUGUUUUCGUAAAAAAAAAAAGAAUAUGUGUGUUGUGUGUGUUUGGGUCUUUGUUUGUGAGCCUGUGUUGUUUGUCUGUGUGGUGGGGUAUUGUAUUGUAAGAAUAAGAUUCUAUGUAUUUGGUUUAUGUGUUAUCUGAUGCAUAUAUGGAAUUAUCACUGAAAUAAUAAUUAUUAAUAAUUCAUUCAUGUAUGCUCUUGUUGUUGCAAUAUCACUGAUAAUUUCUCUAUCAAAUUGCAUUAUUUCAAAGUUUAUUUCAAAGUUUAUUUCAAAGUUAUGUACCAAUCUUAGUUUACAUAUACCUUCUCUGACAUUUCUUUGUUUGGCAAGAAUAUUUAACAUAGUCAGACAUAUGUUUAAAUAUUUCAAUUCUGUAUACGCAUAUUAUAUUAGCGAUCCUUCAAUUUUUCUUUAAUGUUAGUCACUGACGUAUACUUUCUUUUAUUUAGACUAACUAGGUGAUAAUCCGCGCAUGGCAUAUAAUAUAUAUAUAUAUAUUUUUUAAUGAAUAUAUUUCUAGUAUAUAUUAACAUAUAAAAUUAAAAAGAUAAAUAAUUAAUUAAUUUUAUUAAUAAUUUAAAAAAUAUGUUUAGAUAAAAACUAUUAUUUUAAAAUAAAUUUUAUAAUUAAAAUAUCUAUUUUUAAAAAUAAUUUUCACAUUUAAAAUAAAUUAUAUUAUAUUUUAAAUGUGAAAACAAUAUUUAAAAAAAAAUAUUUUUAUUGUAAAUUAAUUUUAGAAAUCAAAAUUUUAUUUUCUAGAUAUAAAAAUAAUUUUAUGAUAUUAUUAAAUAAAAUAAAUAAAUUAAUUAUACAUUUUCUUUAAUUUUAUAAAUUAUAAAUGCAAAUACUGUUUUAAAAGUUUCAUAUGAGAGCACUGGCCAGAGAGCAUUUGGAGAGCAUUAGCAUUUAGAGAAUGAUCUCCAAAUGUUUUUCUAACAAUUGUUUUUUUUUUUUUACAGCUAAUGCUCUAACAAUUGCUGAUUGAAUAAUUUAGAGCAUAAUGCUAAUGUUAAUGCUCUACCAGUCAAAGCCUUAAUCAUCACAACAUGUAUUUACCAACACAUUGGGCUCAUAAGGAAAAUGAUAAGGAUUUAUCAACAUUCGUCUUUCCAAAUAAUGCAAAUUGAUGAACAAUAAGAUUAUUAGUCUAUUAAAAUUUAUUGAGAUUUCUUAAUCUCAAUGUCUUGGUGCUUAAGUUAAGGAAUUGCAUCAAUUUAUUAUGGAUUUUCCUUUUGAAUUUUAUGUACUUUGUAAUAUCAAUAAAUUAUGAUUUAUAGCGAUAUCGCGUAAUAUCAAUCCGUUUGAAUUUAUGUAGUUCCUAAUAUUGUUUCUUUUGAAUUAAUAUUGUGCAAGUAAUGACAUGAUUAUGAUUUAUCAUUAUGAUGGCCAUUAUCAUAAUGACAUGAUUAGGAUUUGUAAUGUAUUAUAGGAAAAAAUAACCGUCAUUAUUUCGGUCAAAAAUAUUGAAUUGCAUACCAAAUUUUGUUUGAAAGAGAUUGAGAUGGAGUAGAAAACACGUAGAACAUGUACUAUAUAGAUCACUAAAUUUUGAUUAUAACAUAUAGAUUGCUAUACAAAGCAUAUACAAAUGGACUAAAAAAGAUUAUCAUAAUAACAAAAGUUUGAUAUACAAAUAUCAUAGUUAUAAGUUAUGACAUAUAGAUUGAUAUACAAAUUUUUAAUAUUAAAAACACGUAAAAUUUUUUAAAAAAAGUUGAAAAGCUCAGCAUGAUCCGAGAGGACUUACAUGUUGGGGUGGAAUACUAAAGUCAUUAGUUAUAACAUAUAGAUUGAUAUACAAAUUUUAAUAUUAAAAAAUUAAAUUGUAACUAAUAACUUUUGUAAAGAAUAAAAAUUUACAAUUUUAACACUAUAUAUAAAAUCAAAUGUAAUAAUAUAAUUAUAUUUAAUAUUGUUGUAUGAAUUUAGAAUUCUAGUUGGAGAUGAUGUGAUAAUAUUACACCAAAAUAUUAUUUGAUGCCUUGGCUUCCACAAGUUGAGAUCUACUGACACACUUCGCUCUUAUAUAAAUAUACAUUACAUCAAACUGGUCGAAUAAGGUAAGAAGGCUAAUCAAUUAUUCGAAAUUACACUAUCCAUAAUGUCUUUAUCAUGCAUAUAAAAUGAAAACAUAUACUAUAAUGACUUUGUAAGUUUAUUUGGCAAUGGCAUAACAUAACAUGUAAUUAGCCUAGAGAAGAGAGAGUUUUUCAAUAAAGUGUGCGAGGUGCAUUGUGGUGCUGGCAUCUAAUAAAUGACAAAGUUGUUAAUCAUACAUGAGGGUGAAGUUUAUUUUUAAAAAUGUACCUCAAAUAAAAAGAGGGUAGUAGUAUGGUAAAUUUAGGAUGCACAUGCAAAAGUCAAUAUUAAGAAAAACUAAGGAAAGAAAUUGACAAUUACAUGUAAAGAGAGAAUUAAU